AUGUUGUGGACGGUGCUCCUGUUUUCGCUGUUUUUUACAGCAGAAUGCGUAAAUUGGAAACCACGAUUUGAAUACAAGUAUAGUUUUAAAGGUCCACACUUGGUGCAAAGUGAUAAAAGUGUGCCAUUUUGGGAAUAUUCCGGAGAUGCAAUUGCAAGUGAUGAGAACAUCAGAAUUACACCUUCAUUAAGAAGCAAAAAAGGACAAGUAUGGGCGAAAAAUCCGACAACAUUUGCCAUGUGGUCUGUAGAAAUGGUUUUCAAGGUCACAGGGAGAGGCCGUGUAGGUGCCGAUGGAAUGGCACUUUGGUUUUCGGAGCAGCGAGGCGUUGAGGGGCCAGUGUUUGGCAGUAAUGACCAGUGGAAGGGUCUGGGAAUCUUUCUCGACUCUUUUGACAAUGAUGGACAGCACAAUAAUCCCUAUGUGAUGGCCAUGGUUAAUGAUGGAACCAAAGUGUACGAUCAUCAAAGUGAUGGUCUACAACAGCAGACUGGUGGAUGUUUACGUGACUUCAGAAACAAACCAUACCCUGUCCGCAUCAAAGUGGAGUAUUACAACAAUAUCCUUACUGUUUUCUUUAACAAUGGACUUACAAGUAACAAAGAUGACUUUGAGUUAUGUCUGAGACAGGAGAAUGUUGUUCUCCCAGCUUCAGGAUACUUUGGAAUCUCGGCAGCAACUGGAGGUCUAGCAGAUGAUCAUGAUGUAUUGGCGUUUUUGACUCAUUCGCUGAUUGACACAGACAACCAGCCCGACAUGCAGCAGGUUCCUGAGCAGGAGAAACAAAAAUAUGAGAAAGAAUUUGAUGACUAUUAUCAGCAGCUCGAAAAACAAAAACAAGAAUUCCAGCAGCAGCAUCCCGAUCGUGUCAGCCCGGAUCUGGAUAUGCCAGGCAUGUUUGAGUCCCAGGGGGAACAGGAACUGAAGAUGAUAUUUGACGGCCAGAAUGAGAUGCAUAAUUCCCUUAAAUUAUUAAACAGGAAACUGGACGAACUGUUAGGAAGACAGGAAAUGGUGCUAUCCAAGAUUAGUCAAUUACCAAGUGGACAAGGACAAGCUUUACCACCAGGACAGGCCGGUAACCAACCACAGCUCGGUUCUACUAUACAACGACACGAGGUGGACAAAGUUCUUAAUAAUCAAAAUGACAUUAUGACAAACGCUAGAGAAAUACGACAUAUAAUAAACGACGUACAACAAAAAGCUAAUUAUAUACAGAAUAAUGUAGGGGCUGGAGGGGCCCAACAAGGGGGCACUGGUGGAGGACUCCCGGCCGACAUAGACCAGAUUAUAAGAGAGCUACAUAACAAUGUCCGCUCAGUAAAAUCUGAUACGCUUAAUAUGAUGCAGCGUCCGAUGCCUACAGCGGGAAGUUGUCCACCAGUAGAAUCAGGAUGUGUAUCUCCCUUCCUUUUCUUUGUCGCUCUUGGAGCCCAAGUUAUGGUACUCAUAGGUUACAUGGUUUAUAGACAAAGUAAAGAAAAUCAAGCGAAGAAAUUUUACUAGGUAGUCAAGGAUACAAUUAAUGCUUUUAAAAAUUUCACUUGUUAACA